UAGGCAUCGCCUUGCCCCAUCCCACCCGGAAACUGCUUCGCCCCGCCCACGUGGGCCCUGGGCGGCUAGAGCCCACACGUCUCGCAGUCUGCAGAGCGGUCCGGAUGGCUAGCUUCGAGGAAGUGUGCGUGUCCGGCUUUGAGGAGUUCAGCCGGGCUGUGGAGCAGUACAAUGGCAAGACCAUUUUCGCCUACUUUACCGGUUCUAAGGACGACGAAGGGAAAAGCUGGUGUCCCGACUGCGUGCAGGCUGAACCAGUCGUACGAGAGGGGCUGAAGCAUGUUAAUGAAGAAUGUGUGUUCAUCUACUGCCAAGUAGGAGAAAAACCUUACUGGAAAGAUCCAAACAAUGACUUCAGAAAAAACCUGAAAAUAACUGCAGUGCCUACACUACUUAAAUAUGGAACACCUCAAAAACUGGUAGAAUCUGAGUGUCUUCAAGCCAACCUCGUGGAGAUGUUGUUCUCUGAAGAUUAAGACUUAAUGAUGGCAAUUGUCUCCAUUACCUGAUUUGUUCUAGUAUUAAAAAAAAACUGCAUACUUCCUUUGAAUUCAUGUUAGCUAUAAAUAAAUGUUAAAA